GCCACACAGCAGAGAACCCAGGUGGCAACAACUCAGCCCCGUCUUGGGCCCUCUCUCCAACUGCACAUGGCCGCCCACUCCACCAGCCAGCUCCUGGGUUUCUCUCCACGCCUCACUUCCCAGCUCUGGACCUUCGGCAGCUUUUGGGCAGAAGGGAGCAGAAAGCAGCAGAUGCCACUCCCCCCAACCACACCUCAGAAAGAGCUGGAUCUCCCAGGUGGGAUCGCUGAGGCCUGAGGCUGGGCGGCAGGCCUGAAAGCCGAUCUCCAGGAAGGCGUGGCUCCCUAGUGCUGGCAAAUAAAAAUCCGCAGAACCAGCAGGCCUGAAGACCAGCAGCAGGCUGCUCAAGGAGCCACUCAGCAAGCCACUCGACUCCUGGGCCUUGGAAGUGAUGCCCAUGGCGUCCCCCCAAACCCUGCUCUUCUGCCUGCUGUUCCUGGUGGUCACUGAAGGCUGGGGUCAGCAGGCGGCCAUCCCAGGCUGCCACCUGCACCCCUUCAACGUGACGGUGCGCAGUGACCGCCAAGGCACCUGCCAGGGCUCCCAUGUGGCACAGGCUUGCGUGGGCCACUGCGAGUCCAGCGCCUUCCCUUCGCGGUACUCAGUGCUGGUGGCCAGUGGCUACCGACACAACGUCACCUCCAUCUCUCAAUGCUGCACCAUCACUGGCCUGAGGAAGGUGAAGGUGCAGCUGCAGUGUGGGGGGGGCCGGAGGGAGGAUCUGGAGAUCUUCACGGCCAGAGCCUGCCAGUGUGACAUGUGUCGCCUCUCACGCUACUAGCCCUCCCUGUCCCACCUCCCUCCCCUUGGUCAGAGGGGCGAGGUGGAGUACAUCCUGAGCAUCACUGAGGACGGCAGCUUCAACCCCCUGAAAAGGGAAGUCUGCCUCUUCCCUGCCUCUGCCGCCUCCUGACCAGUGUCUCAUCAUUUCACUUCCCUCUUUGGCCCCAUCCCUUAAUAAAGCAAGCAGUCCUCGA